GCACAUCACGGUAUCACCACCUGUGCAUUGUUCUUGAUAAAUUUUGGAAUGUACUCUACGUGGAUAAUAAAAAUUUAGAUUUUAGACUUAACAGUUAUCAAUUUAGCAAUGAUGUCAACGAGGUACGUCUCUUUUUUAUCUGGAAUGAUAAUAGCCUCUUUAACAUGGGCUUUUAGUUUAUAUCUUUAUUCAAGACUGUCACAAAACACUGACACUGUCAACCCUACAAUGUUAAUAUCAGGAAAUGGAAAGUUACCAAAUGAAUCUGCAUAUAAUUAUAAAAAAUACAAUGAACAAUCAUCUAAAUUACAUAAUAAUUUAAUUAUUCAUCACGAUAAAGACAGUAUGAUGGGUAAAGAUACUUACAAUUUAAAAGGAAAUAAUUUUAAAAAUAGCGAUAAGCUAUUACAGCAAUUACAACCUAUGCCAAUAAAAUCUGCUGUUACUUUAGAACAAGGAUUAGAUGAAUUGGGAAUGAUAAAAAAUUUGGAUGAUCAACGAAAACGUGAGGAAGGAUAUAAAAAUUAUGCUUUUAAUGUUUUAAUAUCAGAUAAUAUUGGUUUAGACAGAAAGUUGCCAGAUACAAGGCAUAAAUUAUGUCAAAUGCAACAGUAUCCUAAUAAAUUACCAAAUGCCAGCAUUGUUAUAUGCUUUUAUAAUGAACAUUACAUGACACUUUUAAGAUCUAUACACAGUAUUAUUGAAAGAACCCCUAAACAUCUUUUACAUGAAAUUAUUUUAGUAAAUGAUUGGAGUGAUAGUAAAGAGUUACAUGAAAAGAUCAAAGCAUUCAUUAAUAAUAAUUUCGAUAGGAAAGUAAAAUUUUUCAAAACUGAAAAACGAGAAGGAUUAAUUAGAGCAAGAAUGUUUGGUGCAAGGAAAGCAACUGGAGAGGUUUUAAUUUUCUUGGAUAGUCAUAUAGAAGUUAAUAAAAUGUGGAUAGAGCCUCUUCUAUCACGAAUUGCUCAUUCAAAAACUAUUGUUGCUAUGCCAGUUAUUGACAUAAUUAAUGCAGAUACAUUUCAAUAUACAGCUAGUCCUCUAGUAAGAGGUGGUUUUAAUUGGGGUCUACAUUUUAAGUGGGAACAGUUACCUACAAAGUUGGUACAUGAUGAAGAUUUCAUAAAACCUAUUAAAUCACCCACAAUGGCAGGUGGAUUAUUUGCAAUGGAUAGAGAGUAUUUUGUAGAACUUGGUGAAUAUGAUGCUGGAAUGGACGUUUGGGGUGGUGAAAAUUUAGAAAUAUCAUUUAGAAUUUGGAUGUGUGGUGGAAGCAUUGAAUUAAUACCUUGUUCAAGAGUUGGACACGUAUUUAGAAAAAGAAGACCAUAUGGUGCAGAUGAUAAACAUGAUACUAUGUUGAAAAAUUCAUUGCGAGUAGCAUAUGUUUGGUUAGAUGAAUAUAAACACUAUUAUUUAAAAGAUGUUAACAAAAUUGAUUAUGGUGACAUCACAGACAGAUUAAAUUUGCGGCAGAAAUUGAAAUGCAAAGAUUUUGCAUGGUAUGUAAAAGAGGUAUAUCCUGAAUUAACAUUCCCAGAUGAUGAUAAGAAGAGGUUGAAAGAUAAAUGGGCAAGAAUAGAACAAAAACCAAUGCAACCUUGGCAUUCUAGAAAACGAAAUUAUACUGAUCAAUAUCAAAUUAGACUUUCUAAUACAGCUUUAUGUAUUCAAAGUGAGAAAGAUAUAAAAACAAAAGGUGCUAAGCUUAUUUUAAUGCCAUGUUUGAGGAUUAAGUCACAGAUGUGGUAUGAAACUGAUAAAAAAGAAUUAGUACUUGGUCAAAUGCUUUGCAUGGAAGCAGCAGAAAAAUAUACAAAACUUGGCAAGUGUCAUGAGAUGGGUGGCAAUCAAGAAUGGCAAAUCAAAAAUGUUAAAGGGAAACCUAUAUAUAAUAUGGCAGCUGGUACAUGUCUUGGUGUGUUACAAGCAACAAAGGGUGCUCAAGUAAUAAUGGAUUUGUGUACUAAACAAAAUACCAGUUUAAUAUCAUGGGAUUUAGUACAUUCUAUGAUCGUCUCAAAAGAAGUUAGGUGACACAAAAUGUGAUUACUGUAAAUAAAAAAUUAAAACUUAAACUGUUAAAAGAGGAUAUUAAUCGUAAAUGAAUUAAACUGAUCGACUUUAAAAAAAUAUUUGUGAUACAGGGCAGGUUAUUACAAGAGAUUUGAGAUCUUUAUAUUACUUUUGUAAUAUUUUGUAUUUUAGGAAUAAAAGGAAGCAUGACAAUGUAA